AUGAACAGCGGUAUUUCGGGUGUGGCAACUCCCAUGGCGGAGAUCCAGGAGACCCUGGACGGUCUGCUGUGCAGAAUCCGCGAGGCGGGCGAGAAGCAGAUCGGCUAUCCCGCAAACCAGCGGAUCGAUUACUCCCCACUCUUUCCUUUCCUUGACUAUUCGGUGAACAACAUCGGAGACCCGUUUCACGCCAGUAACUACUGGGCCAACUCGCACGAGUUCGAGCAAGACACGCACUACAGCGUCCUCAAGAACGUUCGCGUGCUGAACGCCCGGUACAUUAUGAUCAAACGCCAGGAGAAUGGAGAAAUCGACUACGGCGACCUCCGCGACAUGAUCAGGGUGAACCGCGACGUUCCGGCUGUGAUCAUGGCCAACGUCGGCACCACCAUGCGUGGCGCCGUGGACAACAUCCCCCAGAUCAGGCACAUCCUCGACGAACUGCUUGUCAGCAACGCUUACAUCCACGCCGAUGCGGCGCUCAGCGGCAUGAUCCUGCCAUUCGUGCCUGAACCGCAGGCGUUCGGUUUCGAUGCCGGUAUUGACAGCAUUUCGGUGAGCGGCCACAAGCUGAUCGGGGCCCCCGCUCCCUGCGGCGUGGUGCUUACCAAGCGCCCCCACGUCGAACGGGUCGGCCGUGCGGUGGAAUACGUGGGGGUACACGAUACGACGCUUUCCGGCUCACGCAGCGGCAUUGCUCCACUGAUGCUGUGGUAUGCCCUCAACCGCUACGGAGACGAUGGCCUGCAGGAUUUGGUUUCCGGAAUGCUGGAAAAUGCGGAAUAUGCAGUGCAGCAGUUCAACCGGCAUGGCUUAAAAGCCUGGCGCCAUCGAAACUCAGUGACGGUGGUCUUCCCCAAGCCGCCGCGAGAAGUGUUCCGGAAGUGGCAGAUCGCUCCCGAAGGCACGGAAGCGCACAUCAUCACCAUGCCCCACGUUACCCGCGAAAUGAUUGACGAGCUUGUGAACGACUGCACUGCCCCAUUGGAACUGGACCCUGUGACGUCUGAGGAGAGGGACUAA